AUUCCGGAGUUUCUCUCUCCGACCACAAGGGCCACAGGUUGGUCCCCGGGGCCUUCCACCGCCCCCUCUUAACGUGCUGGUAGGGAACUUUCCGCCCCCGGGUUAGUGGCUUUCUCCAGCCCGUCGGCACGAUGCUGUGCGCGCUUCAAAACGAGAGCGAAACAUUUACACGGCGCACAGGCUAGAGCAGAGAGCUGGGGGAAGAGGAAGCUGAAGUCACAGGCAAGCGAAAAUGCCUAGUGUCAAGACGGGUCGAAACCUUCCGCGGAGGUGGCAGGCAGCCGAGCAAGCCGCGCAUGCAGGCUGAUUGGAUGGACGAUUCUCUGCCUGGCGGUCCAGCCCCGUUACUCCGAGCCGCUCGGGAGACAUCCCAGACAACUGGAGAAACAGGGGGAACGGGGGGAGCGGAGGCUGGGAGGCUGCAUCGGGCCAUGGGGGGGAGGGCUGGCUAAGCCUCCCAUGGACCUCCCGGAGUUUUCCCUGGGAUUUCCCGCGGGACCUCGCCCUGAGUCCGAAGGCGGCUGGAGCUGGAGCUGGCCACGCGUGGUGCCCGUCGCUCCACCGAGCCGAGGAGACAGAGGAACCGGGGCAGAGCGGCGGCCAGAGACGGAGCCCCGUGGUUCGCCCGCAGCCGGGCGCAGCGGCCGCCUCCCGGGCGGGUCGGAGCCCCAGCGCCUGGGACGCCGCUGCUCUGCCGGGGGCCCGCUAAGGCGCCCGCCCGCCGCCCGAGGCUGCACCUGGCCGCCCCAUCGCUGCGAUUCCCGGACACCGUCCCGCCCCGGCAGCGUGCCUGGCCCCCGCUCCCCAGCCACCCGGCACCUCCGUCCCCCCCGGCGGGGCUGGGCUUUCCCCUCCCGGUCCCGCGCGGGCUGAGCUCCCGGACCCUCCUCCCCGGGGGGCAGCGCCCCGGCCGGGCCGGGCUCUUCCCUCGCUCCCGAUGGCCGCCGCCGAGUACAGCUGCCGGGACAGCCGCGCCAUCCAGGGCGGCGAGUCGGCGCUGCCCAGCUCGCUGCUGUUCAGCGCCGGGCUGCUGGGGAACCUGCUCGCCCUCUUCCUGCUGGGCCAGCAGCGGCUGCGGCGCGGGCGGCCCCCGCGGGCCUCCGCCUUCUACCUGCUGGUCAGCGGGCUGGCGGUGACCGACCUGCUGGGCAAGUGCCUGCUCAGCCCCAUGGUGCUGGUGGCCUACGCGCGCAACCGGAGCCUGAGCGAGCUGUGGCCGGGCGGCGGGGAGCCGGGCCGCCUGUGCCAGCUCUUCGCCUUCCUCAUGGCCUUCUUCGGGCUGGCGCCCACGCUGCUGCUGCUGGCCAUGGCCCUGGAGUGCUGGCUCUCGCUGGGCCACCCCUACUUCUACCAGCGCCACCUGCGGCGCUGCCGCCGGGCCGCCGCCCUGCUGGCCCCGGCCGCCGCCGCCGCCCUGGGCGCCCUCUUCUGCGCCCUGCCGCUGCUGGGCUUCGGCGCCACCGUGCAGUACUGCCCGGGCACCUGGUGCUUCAUCCGCAUGGCCGGCGGCAGCGCCCCCGCGCGGGGCUACUCCGUGCUCUACGCCAGCCUGCUGGGCGCGCUGGGGCUGGCCAUCGGGCUCUGCAACCUGGCCAGCAUGCGCAGCCUCUACCGCAUGGCCCGCCGCUCCCACCGCCGCAGCGUCCCCACCGCCGGCCGGGCCCCCGCCGGCCCGCGCAUGGAGGAGCUGGAUCAUCUCGUCCUGCUGGCCCUCAUGACCGUCCUCUUCACCGUCUGCUCCCUGCCCCUCAUCAUCCGUGCUUAUGUCGGAGCGUUUGCCACUAACCUUGAUGAAAAGGCAGACCUGACGGCCCUGAGGUUUCUAUCUGUGAACUCCAUCGUGGACCCCUGGGUGUUCAUCAUUUUCAGGACAUCCGUUUUUCGCAAGUUCCUUCAUAGGGUUUGCAGAAGACUGAAUUCUAAAAAAGCCGCGACGCCUCGGCUGUUAUGAACUAGGCACUGAAGCUGCAGCAGUGAAGAGCUUUCUGCUUUCUUUGAUAACUCGAAUCGAAGGAAUAUUGUUCCAGGAAUUGUUUACAUAAUCAAACCGAUCGCACUAAUUAUGCCAAUGUUGUGGCUCUUCUAGAAACACUGUAAGAAAAUAUAAGAAUGUAUUGCGGGGAAGGUUAAGUGCCUUAGCCGUUCUGCUGCGGACAUGCUGCACAGAGAAGAAGCAUUCCUCCGUUACUGCAUUUUUGCCUUUCCUGGCACAGACUGGAACUGAAAGUUUGUGGUCAUGUGAGUAACAGUGAAUCUUACGAAGUGACAGCGCUCCGCUACCCAGAGAACUUUGUAAAAAGAAUAUGUUUGUGGUAUAAAGUGCUGCUCUCUGAUCUUCGGGCCCGCCCGAUUCGCCACUCCUAUCAGAGUACGGCCCCGAUCCUGCAAGAUGGGGCCCGUUGCCUUUGGGGUUUCCCAUUGAUUUCAACAGGCUGCAGGCAGACAGACGUGUCUACCCACAGGGAUCUGCUUGGAGGAUCAAGGCCUAAAUCAGGAAUCACCAAAGUCUGAUAGGGAAAAAUAAAACUCUUCAUUUGAAAAAGAAAUAAAAGCCGUGUGUAGUUUCUUGUAGCUGCCUCCCCACCCCAAUAAAUUGAUCUUGUCAUCCAGUAGCCAGAUAGUAUCCAACGCACAGUACAUACAGCGUCAGACCCAGCAGUAAUGAUUCUAUGGACUUGUCUGCACUGUCGUGUCAGCUCCAGGUAUAACUCGAGUGCAGCCCCAACUCCACGCGCACACACACAAACCUCUAGCCUGAGCGCUUGAACACAGGCGAGGGGGGGGGAGGGCCUGACCCUCCAGUGCUGCUCCCAUUCAAGCUAGUAAUGCCAUGGGGAUUAAGCUAUUAGGGGCUGCUAAUACAAAGGCUCUGUGCUGCUGGAGUGUUGUUUUGCAGUGUGACGGCUCUCGCUGGGGCUAGUAGAUAACGCUCUGCAGUGGAAGACGAGCCCUUUCUCCCGCCUUAGAUUUGCACAGAGAACUCGUUCUGGUGGUAGAGACAAGGGGAGUCCUAUGUGCAGAACUCCUGCAGUACCCGGCCCCAAGGGAACCUGCAGAAAUCUACCCCAUGAGUGUAUCAUAGAAUAUCAGGGUUGGCAGGGACCUCAGGAGGUCAUCUAGUCCAACCCCCUGCUCAAAGCAGGACCAAUCCCCAGACAGAUUUUUGCCCCAGAUCCCUAAAUGGCCCCCUCAAGGAUUGAAUUCACAACCCUGGGUUUAGCAGGCCAGUGCUCAAACCACUGAGCUAUCCCAUCCCAUCCCAUCCCAACCCAACUUAACUUAACUUAACUUAACUUUGCUCUUCUGAGUAGUCCGUGAAUAAAGUUACGCAGGGAGGUAAAUCUUUGCCAAGUUGGGUCUUAAGACAGUAAUCAGGCUUGCAGUGGAGUAAUGCAUUUACAUUUAUAUACUACAACUAUUCAAGUGCUUUAACUAUUCAUUGGGGACAAACAAAGGCUGAAAAAUCUAUUUUAGAAAGCAACAUCAUGUUGCAUUGGACGGUUUGUUCAAUAAAUUAUUCUUUAGCCAUCAUUGAGAUUUAUACCUAGUUCGUGAUUUCCAUUGUUUGGUAAACAAACAUCACUGAUCUUUUGCUUUAACGAUAGAAGUUUAUGCGACCCGGCUGGGAAUUAUUGUUCUUACCUGAUGCAUUUUAGAGGGGCCCUCUCCAAGGUAUAGUACAACCUUGACAAGUUAGGGUCAUGUCAAUCCGAUAGCUAGUUGGCUCACUGCAAUUAUUUUAAUACUAUCUGUUUGGCAAAAUCACUUGAUGAUUACCUGUUCUGUUCAUUCCCUCUGAAGCACCUGGCAUUGGCCGCUGUCAGAAGACAGGAUAUGGGGCUAGAUGGACCUUUGGUCUGACCCAGUAUGGCCAUUCUUAUGUUCUUAAAAUAAGCAGCAAUUUUAUGAGAAAAGGCCCAAAUGUUCAAAAUGGGAGCAGCUGUGAGAACAAAAAGGUCAUUUAAACUGAGGUUUGGUCUCCUCCCAUGUCACAUGUAUAACUGCCAUUAAUGCUGAUGCGAGUUACAUACAUGUAUCAAAGACAGAAACAGCCUUACAGGAAUAUUUAGAACAUGAGACCACGCAGGUAUUAUUGAGGUACCUGUCUGGUAAAGGGUGUGUUUCAAUCUGUGUUUACUCGGCUAAUCUAGACACAGGUGCAGUCAGGUUUACUGUCGUAUCAUGUGAUAUUUAUUCUGCUAUAUCUGGGCUGGAGUGAGAGUUUUUACAAGGAAAAAACCUGUGCAAAUAUUUAUUGUGAAACUUUGUACCUUAAGAGAAGAAACUUGAUGUAGCUGUUUCACAACAGGCUGGGGAAGACUUGUCACAUUCCCAUAGUCUACGAAAGAUUGCUCUUGGCGUGCAUUUCAGCAGGAGACUUCCGGGGCCUCCCCUCCACCCCAGGCUGGAAGAAAGUCUAUCUUUGUCUAGGGCCCAGUGAUGAGAUAAUCCAGCCCUGAUGGUGACCCAGCUAGAACCUACCCACACCCCACUGGCGGGUCAGGAAACACUGUUGUAGACAAGCCCUCUUCAGGUGGUACUUUUCCCUCUGAGUAAAUGCUAAAGCCGUGCCCCAGAAUAGAGACGGUGAGCCCUAGUGGAUUUAGAAAUGAUUAAAGGAAAUAUAUCCACAGUUACAUUAGAUAAGGGAUAUAAACCAUUUUGCUUCAGGGGAUCUGCCAACUACUAAACUGCCUGGGAUUAGGAACAAGCUUCUCCAAUGGACCAAUUAUCUGUUAAUUGUACACUGCGGGGUUUCUUAUUUUCCUCUGAUGUGUCUGAUAAAAGCCAUUGCUAGAAUCAUGAUACUGGAGUAGAUGGGUCACUCAGCGAUCUGGCAUUUUCCUUCCCGUGCUUGCAUGGCAUUAGAAGAGACAAACCAGAGGUACUCAAAGACCUAUGAGCAGCGCCCUACCAAAUUCACGGUCCAGUUUGAUCAAUUUCAUGGCCAGAGGGGUUUUAAUUGGUCAAUUUCACGUUUUUAGAUGCUUACAUCUGAAAUUUCACGGUGGUGUAAUGGGGGGUCCCAAUCCAAAAGGCGCCCGGAGGUGGAUCUGAUCUCUCCCCAGGAGCGGCCGUGCAGGGGAAGGACAAGUCCUGUCUCUCCCCAGCCCGGCCAGGAAUUGCAGCUAGGAGCCCCCAGCAGCACGGGGGACAUCAGAUUUCACGGGGAAGGGCUUAUUUCAUGGCCCAUGACACGUUUUUCACGGCCAUGAUAUUGGUAGGGCCCUACCUGUGGGACUUCUUUCAAAGCAGGAGUGUAAACGUAGGCCAGCAUUUUCAAAGUUGGGGUGCUAAAGUAAGGGUAGGUCCCUAAAUCCAGAUUUAGACACCGAAAUAAACCGGCUGGUUUUCAGAGGUGCUGGGCACCCGCUGCCUUUAACUGACUUCCCGGGGACCUGUAGGUGCUCUGCCCACAUGAAAAUCUGGCUCUUUAUUUGGGUGCGGGAGUAUGGAGUUAGGGACCGCUCUCUAUCUCAGGUAUUUAGAUGGCCCCUAUCACCAUUGGCUCUGAGCGCUUGACAGUGUAAUGUAUUCACCCUCACAACACCCUUGUGAGGUAGGCCAAUGCCAUGAUCCCCAUUUUACAGAUGGGGAACUGUGGCACAAAGGGAAUGAGGACUAGGUCUACAAAAGGAUUUAGGCACCUACCUGCUAGUUUAGCUGCCUACGUCCAAAAUGUCAAUCAUCAAAACACCCCCAGCGCAGCUGUCGCUUGACCCCCUAUGUGCCUAUGUUCCUGUUGACAAAAGUCCCCUAAAACUCUGCCGGUGGGCACGCACUCAGCUGCCUAAGUUCUGAUACCCAGGACACGGCUAAGCCCGUCGGGAUUCACAAACGAGGCAUCUCCCGGCCUAUCUUGCCUGGCAGGGCUGAUCCAAUUGAUGUGCUCUGAGGCAGCUCUUUAGGCCCCUCUGUCUGAGAAUUUGGAACAAUUUCCAAUUUGGGCUGCCUUAAAAUGGUUCGUUUUCAAGCAGGCCUAAAACCCCUUUUGAUUGCCGACUGGGUUUGGAACCGCAUGCUUAACUUGCUUGUGGUUUUAUCCCUAUACUGAAACUGUUCCUCAUUUGUUCAGAUAUAUGUUUGGGGUUAUUCACCAUGAGUUUGUUUUAUUGUAAAAGCGCCAAGGAUACUUAGGUGGGCCAGAAACUGCCAUCGUGCCACGGACAAAACUCCUACUGAAGUCAGUGAGGUUUUUUUUCUGCACUGAAGCUCGAGGGGCAUUUUAAUUGGACAUAUGACUCCUCGUCUCUGUUGCGUUGUCUUUCUGAAUGUUUCAGAGUAGCAGCCGUGUUAGUCUGUAUGC